AUGACCCGCCUGCCUGACCUGGUAAGAGAUUCAAGGCUUGAAACUCACUUUCUCCCCGAUUGCAGUGUGGAGACAGUUCACACUUACAAUGAAUCCGAUGCGACGUCUCGUCGUCGAGUGGUCGCCAGGUCCGAGCACUGGAAGCGACGAAGAAGGAUCGGUGGUGGUGGCUACUCAACUGUCUGGUUGGAGGAAUGCGCCCAGGGCUCUCGGUGUGACAUUCAAGUUCGAGCAGUCAAGCAAAUUGAGACAGGUGGACGGUUUCACCGAAUCGACUUCAAUCGCGAGCUCGAGACGAUUGCCAAGUUUUCGCAUUCGAGGAAUAUCCUAAUCAAGUCGCACCCACCAGAUGAGUGGUGGAUCAAGAUCGCAGACUUCGGAAUUAGCAAACGCAUCGAGGAAUCGCCAGAAACAUCAACAACAUUACGAGGAACAACGGGGUUCAUUGCUCCUGAGCUUUACGGAUUUCUCGAGCCGGGAAGCCCAUAUGCAGCAGAUAUUUGGUCCUUGGGUGAGAUCACCUUUCAAAUGCUGACGAAGGCGCCGGCAUUUAAGCCGAUCGGACGUCUGUCAUCUUAUACCACGCAACCAGAGAUAUUCCCCGCAUCUCUUCUAGAUGAGGCCGGGGUAUCCAAGCUGGGGAUCGAGUUCGUCCGAUCGCUUAUGCGACCUGUCCCUGAUAGUCGACUCACAUCGGAAAUGGCAAUCCUACACCCUUGGGUCAAACCGUUGUCGCAAAUACCUCUAUUACCGCGCGCCGAAGCCCUGUUUCAACCUACACCAAUGGCACAGGAGGUUUCUCCAGGAGGCAACGACACGUGUGCAGCAAUAGAAGAAAUUACAGAGGAAUUAUCAACCAUUCACCCACCUGAAAUAACUCCCAAGGGAAACUCCGACCAGUCGAGUGGUGCAAAACAGCCACCAACGCCUAAUGAUGACAUGGAAGAGAGGGUCGGCGAGAAUGAUCUGACAAGAAGUCAAAGCUCUCUAGCUCGGGGGCCAAAAGCUCUCUCUGUCUCGUCGGAGAAUUCUAAAACCUCCAGCAGUCAAGCAACCAGUAUACCAUCCCAGCACUCACCACCGAGCGACCGGCUUACAGAAGAGUGGUGGACCGAUCAUCUCAGGCACGCAGGGCUUCUCAGCACAACCUCCAACGAAAGCGCGACCGGAGCCUCGCCAAAAAAGGGGGCAUCUGUUCUCAGAGGGAUUUUUGCAAAGCCGAAACGUGUUCCCGAGGUCGAAGGAGAAAAAGAGCUAACGCGUGUUAAGCCAUUGUGUCCUGGUAGUGGGAUGAAGGAUGUAGGGGCAUCCCAUAACCAAUCAUUCCUAGAGGAUCCCAUUUCCCCGCCUGAGUUGAAGCCAAAUACGCCCGAGGAUGAAAGCAAGCUGCACAGACCAGGAACAUCUCUUAAUAAAAAAUCCGAUGUGCGAUGUCUUGCGGACACUUUGAUGCCGUCUUUGAGUUUAGAUGGAAGUCUGAGCCGCGGCAUCAGUGGCCCAGGCCCCUCAAUACGUGUAAGACCGACAUUGCCCGUCUCUCGUUCGGCGGACGAUGCGAAUCUGGAAGCCUGCCACUUUUCUAGAUCACGGAUGUCUGAGCUGGAACACAGGACCAGGCUCGAAGCCGAAUUGUGUUCCUGGUUACCAUCUAGUCCCCUCGCUCGGAACCGCACUCGGUCCCAGACGGUGGAUGAAUCAAGAGAUCCAAAUAGAGGUAUCGUCGCGCUGCCAUUGAUCGAGUCAGACGACGAGAAACAUGGAAGGCCACCAUCACAAGCCGGCAAAGGGGGAUCUGGCAGCAGAAGUGGUGUCGUUAACAGGAUCGUGGCUGGAUUCGGCUUCGGAAAUGGUGACAACGAGAAGGGAAAGGGAUCGUCCUGUUCCCACGGUGGUUUUAGAUUUCGAUUCACCCUCCCCCUUGAAGCGAAAAGGCACAGACAAAUCUCCUUAUGUCCACACAAUCUACGUCUAGUCACCGCCUCGGGAAAUCCUACCGGUGUUGAGGUUUGGAGUAUUCCCAAGAGAUGUCGAAUAUCUACCGAAACUAUCUUCAGGAGUAAUUCAUGCAUUGCUAUGUCUCAUGGUGGAACUCUUUUCGCCUCAACAUCGGGGGAUUGUCUCACCGUUUGGAGCAGCUUUGACGGAUCAAGUACCGCAAUCACAUCGACGGAAGGCUUGAAGAAUCCCCAGUUUUCCCACGACGGCACUCUACUAGCAGCCAUGUCAAGGCAAAAGAAGAUCCACAUCUGGCAGGUAUUCGACCAUCAUAAUCUUCAGUUGCAAAAGCUAAACACUCUGCAUCUGGAUGAUAGUGCUCUUGCCUUUGCUUUCCAGUCUAGGAGCAGGAGAGUCGUCGUGGCUCUGAACAAUGCCAUCAGAGUUUUGGGAAUAUAUUCAGAUCAGGAUGAUAUUGAUGGGACAUAUCAAUUUGAUCUAUCCGUGUUGGGGCGUUCCUUCAAACCGAAGAGGGUGGACAUGGAACGAGGGCUAGUAACGGCACUGUCAGAAAAUGGUAGGAUGGCAGCGCAAGCUUAUCCGGAUGGCCUGAUUGGAUCAAUACUAUUUAUUCGUGAUCUGAAGUGGAAGGCUGACAAGAGAAGCCGGAAGUUCGUGGUGUCUCCUAUUAUCCAGACCAUGACUUUCUCUUCAACCGGUGAAAUCCUGGCAGCUAGCACAAAAGGCCGCGAUAUUAUUCUGUGGGAUGUUCUUCAAGGAAAGCAGAUUCUCCGACUUGAAAAUUGUCACGAAACAUCCAUCACAUGCAUGUUUCUUGCUGAUGAGGGGGAACUGUUGGCAACUUGCUCUAGUGGUGAAGGUAUCAAAUUUUGGGGAACAGAUGAAAGUAUGGACCGCUUGGCUGAGAGAACAAUGUAG